UUUCGCCAGCUUAAAUGAUUGGGACUAAAAUUAAUAAAAUCGUUUUCCAACCUAUAACAACUUCACAGAUAUGCUUGUUGUAAUACUUUCAAUUUGGAUAAAAUUAGGACAUGAGAGAAGCAGCAUCAGAUCCACUGAUCCAAAUCCAGGAGAACAUCAUCAGCAGCCAUGGCUGUCACGGACAACUGCAGACUACCGAUGAGGACAUCAUUAACAACUUCUUUUGUCGUGAUGGAUUCAUGGAGGAAGCAAAGCAGCAGCUUGUCUUGGCCCUGCCUCUCGUAGCAGUAAACAUGCUGCAGUACUGUCUGCAAGUCAUCUCCGUCAUGUUUGUCGGCCACCUCGGCGAGCUCCCUCUCUCCAGCGCCUCCGUCGCCACUUCUUUCGCCUCCGUCACUGGCUUCAGUGUCCUGCUGGGGAUGGGGAGUGCACUCGAAACUCUCUGCGGGCAAGCCUACGGUGCCAAGCAGCACGACAUGCUCGGCGUCUACACGCAGAGAGCAAUCUUGGUUCUUACAGCGCUAAGCGUCGCCCUGGCGAUCGUCUGGUACUACACGGGCUUCAUACUUGUUGCUUUAGGACAAGAUCACGAGAUUUCAGCCGGUGCAGGCGAGUUCAACCGAUGGAUGAUCCCUGGCCUUUUUGCCUACGGCAUCCUCCAAUGCCUCGUUCGAUUCCUUCAGACACAAAACAUCGUUGUCCCGAUGAUGAUAACCUCUGCUGUGGCGGCACUACUCCAUGUCUUUGUGUGUUGGCUGUUCUUGUUCAGGCUCGAACUUGGAACCAAAGGGGCUGCAUUGGCUAACGCUUUCUCGUAUUGGAUGAACGUUCUUUUCUUGGCGUCGUAUGUUAAGUUAUCCAAAACCUGUAAGAAAACUUUCACUGGUUUCUCCCGGGAAGCCUUCCGGGAUAUUAUUUCGUUUCUGAGGCUUGCAGUUCCUUCUGCUGUAAUGAUCUGGUAUGGUUUUAUCGAUGUUUUUUUGUUUUGGUUCUUAGUCAAGGCUUGCAAGCGAUAUUUGAUCAUUUGGAUUCGCAGUUUCGAGUAUUGGUCGUUUGAGAUGGUCGUUAUAUUAUCUGGGCUUCUUCCUAAUCCGAAGUUAGAGACAUCGGUUUUAUCGAUCAGCCUCAAUACAUGCUGGAUGGUUUACAUGAUCUCAGUUGGUCUCGGCGGCGCUGUAAGCACGAGGGUCUCGAACGAAUUGGGUGGCGGGAACUCGAAUCGUGCUCGCUUAGCCAUAUGUGUAGCAGCGACAAUCGCCGCUUCAGAAGGCGUGAUCGUUGGAACUACCACAAUCCUAGUUCGACGUGUUUGGGGGAAGCUGUACAGCGACGAGGAAGAAGUUAUCGAAUAUGUUGCAAGAAUUAUGCCUCUGCUGGCAUUGUCCGACUUCUUGGAUGGCUUUCAGUGCGUACUAUCGGGGGCUGCAAGAGGGUGUGGAUGGCAGAAUUUGUGCGCCACGAUCAAUCUUGGGGCAUAUUACGUUGUCGCGAUUCCUUCUGCCGUGAUCUUUGCGUUUUUGUUACACAUUGGUGGGAUGGGGCUUUGGAUGGGGAUUAUAUGUGGGCUUGCUGUUCAAGCACUGGCACUGGUUGUUGUAAACUUUUCGACGAUUUGGGACAAUGAGGUUGCUAAGGCGAAAGAUCGGGUCCGAGCCAGCGAGGCGAGUAUGUCGAAUGGAGGCAUCAGGGCAUGAGGAGAAUCAGUUCUUUGCAAGAACCUGGACUAAACAAAGCAGAAGAAAUUGUUAACUGCACAUUUGUAUGGAAAUGACAACAUCAGAUAAUGUUCUUACAUUGCUACUCAUCUAUGUUCAUACAUGAUAAAAUACAGACCAACAUGUACGAUAGAGAAGCUACUAAAUAAAAGAAAUUAGGAGACUUGCAAUCCU